AUGUCUUCCGGUCGGCCAAUAAAAUGUGUCGUGGUAGGGGAUGGAACAGUUGGAAAAACCUGUAUGUUAAUUUCGUACACAACGGAUAGUUUUCCCGGAGAAUAUGUACCGACAGUGUUUGAUAACUAUUCAGCACCCAUGGUUGUUGAUGGAAUCCCAGUAAGUCUUGGACUCUGGGACACUGCUGGUCAGGAAGACUACGAUCGACUGCGUCCACUAUCUUAUCCUCAAACAGAUGUUUUUUUAAUAUGCUUUAGUGUGACCAGUCCUUCAUCAUUUGAAAAUGUGACAUCUAAGUGGUAUCCAGAAAUAAAGCAUCAUUGUCCGGAUGCACCGAUGAUAUUGGUUGGCACAAAAAUGGAUCUUAGAGAGGAUAGAGAAACUUUAACAGUUUUAGCAGAACAAGGUCUAUCUCCUAUAAAAAGAGAACAGGGGCAAAAAUUAGCGAAUAAAGUAAGAGCAGUUAAAUACAUGGAGUGUUCUGCUCUUACUCAAAGGGGAUUAAAACAAGUGUUUGACGAAGCAGUUAGGGCUGUUUUAAGACCAGAGCCAAUCAAACACAGGCAAAGAAAAUUUAAAAGCAGAACAAGGUGUUCAUAA